AUGCUCUACAACAUCCUCAUCCUCGCCCUCACACUCGUGACCUUCGUUUUCGCCCACGGCAAAGUCACCGUCGUAACCGGCGACGCCGGCGGCAACGGCACAGCCCUUGGCAUCCUGGGCGGGAUCAUCCCCGCCGCCGCGCCCAACCUCCGGGUCCGCCUCCCGGCCCCCUCCCCCUACCAACCCCACAAACCCCCCGCCUACCCAACUAGCAUCCCCCCCACUAACGACAACAACGACGCUACCGCCUCUGAAUCUGACACUACCAUCUUCCCCGACCGCGCCCUUCUCAGCGACGGCCUCGGCCGCACCGCCGCCUCGGGCCCCAACACCAUCGCCAUGAUCGUCCACGCCAUGCGCCUGUCGGGCACCGUCCUCCCGCAACUCACCCCCGGCGGCAACCUGUCUGGCACCUUCUUCGUCGUCACCACCGCCGGCGCGGGGCCCCUCCACGCCGUGCUGGAUCCGUCAGCCACGGGCAGGUUCUCGGAGGGGGUGCGGCUGGAGGUGGUGAGGCAGAUUCCUGGUGGUGGUGGUGGGGGUGGUGGGGAGGAUGAUGAUGAUCAGGAGGCGGAGACGGCGGCGGGCGCGGACACGGGGGAGUUUGUCUCGUCGCGUAAGCCGGCGCUGCUGCUGCCGUCGAAGGUGUCGAGAAGGCGGUCGUCGGCGUGGGCGCGCCUGGUGGAUACUGUACUGGGGACGGAGCUGGGGCGGGCGGUGAGGCUGUGGCGGAGGGGUGUGCCGGAGCGGGUCAAUCAGGGGUUUGAGUUCGUGUUUGCCGUGCCUGAGAAUUUGACGUGUACUGGGGUGGUGGCCAGCAUGACGGGGGUGUGUCUGGUCAAGAUUGCGAACGCGAACGAGACGGGACCGUUUGGGGGCGUGGUGCCGGUGCAGAUGGCUGUACCCGGAGGGUGGGGUGGUGGGAAUGGGACUUUUCUAGGAUUGGAUGGGAGGAAUGGGACGGCCAAUUCUACGGCUGCUAUCGCUGCAUUGUGUGGACGGGCUUUUAAAGAGUAG